GUAAAAAAGUUAGGUUAGCAAUACUGAAAUAAAGAGAAUAGUUUUGCUGCUUUAAUUUAUCAGUUUAUUUGUUAAAAUUUAGGACAAUGAGUUCUGGAUUUAUAUCUGAAUCCGAAAUAUUGGAGCAGAGACGACGUCGCCAAGAAGAAUGGGACAAAGUUAGAACCGAAGACCAACCCAAAGAGGCUCCCGAAGAGCCGUAUGACACCAGGCCUUUGUACCAGCGCCUUGAGGAACAGAAGAUGAGGAAAGACGCAGAAUAUGAGGAGGCUCACAAACUAAAAAACAUGAUCCGAGGGCUGGAUGACGACGAGGUGGGUUUCCUGGACCUGGUGGAGCGCAGCAAGGCCAAGGCGGCGCAGCAGAUCUCCAUGCAGGAGCAGAAGGAGAUGCAGGAGUUCAGAGAGCGCGUGUCAACAUUAGCCGAGAGCGAGGAGCUGACCAGACUGCGCGCGCAGCUCGCGCCGGCGCGCACCACUCCUGCGCAGCAACAGAAGAACAAACUGCAGGGGGUGGUGGUGAGGAAACGUAAGGCGAGCGAGUUGGAGGCAGAAAAAGGCUCCCCCGUGCCCCCGCCGGCCAAAACUAACGCCAAUGGUACAGACAGUGUGCCUUCAACCGAAGCAGCUGAGUUGGGAGCAAUGCGGUGUGUGGGCGUGCUGCCCGGGCUGCGACACUACGGCACGGACUCCUCUAGCGAUACCGGGGACUCUAGCGACAGCGAACCAGAGGACAAAUGCUGCAAGCGCGACUUGCUGGGCCGGCGGCCCUCGACCGACAAGCACAAGGAGAAAAGUGACGAGAACGGGCAGUCUCCGAAUGAGGGUGAUUUCGUCGAAGAUAAAAACAAGAAAAAUAAAAGGCCCAAAGACCCCAACGUAAUAUCCGUGGACUCGGGCAGCGAGGCGGACGAAGACUUCAUACGAUCCCUGCUCUCCGUACAAUACCAGGCCAACUUCAAGCUGGAACCAGCCCCGGAAGAAACCUUCGACACUUACGACUGCAUGAACCAAAACUUCUACUGGUCCCAAGACUUCAGUACAUUCGCGGGACGACAGGAACCUUACAACUUCGUACCCGGCUCCAAAAUCAACAGCCAAUCCCCAUAUGAGCUAUUUACAUCAAUAUGGGACAGAAAUAUCAUGCAGAAAAUCGCGGAUGAGACUAACAAGUACGCCUGGCAAACUAUUACCCCUAAAUGCAAGACUGAAGGCGGUAUACCGAACACUUCAAGACUUUCCAGGUGGAAAGACACUACGGUUGAGGAGUUGUAUCUCUUCUUCGCCGUUUUGAUUUUCAUGCCGUUCUGCCAUAGAGAAAAACUUGCCGAUUACUGGUCGACCGGCAGAUUGGAGAUGUCUAACUUCAGAUCGUUAAUGAGUAGAAACAGGUUUCAGUUGCUCCUGAGAUUCCUACAUUUUGUUGAUAAUGACACGCUCUCCGUUUCUAAAGUAACUGGAAAUGAGAAGAAAUUGGCGAAAAUUAAACCUAUCAUAGAUUAUUGCAAUAUGAAAUUUAGCAAUCUUUACGUGCCUGGACAGUAUUUGAGUCUCAACGAAUCGUAUCCGCUGUGGAAAGGUCAGUUUAAUUGGGAGAGAAGCAUUAAGAAUCGAGAGCAAUUCGGCUUUAAAUCGCACGAGCUCUACGAGGCCAGGACUGGUUAUUUGUUGAGAUUCCUCAUAGACACCGGUCGAGGGACCGACGAGAGAGCGCACGCGAAAACCACCCUUAAACUCAUGCAGCAAUACUUAGACAGGGGCCAUUCUGUGGCUAUGGAUGCCACAUAUACACAAGUCCCUUUAACGCGCUACUUGAAAACGAGACGAACUGACGUCAUCGGCUUGAUAAACAAAGAAAAACCGCAAAUCCCCGAAGUUAUUAAAAAUAUAGACGAUAAGAGAUUACAGAAAGGCGAGUUACUCUCCUGGCAGAGCGGAGACAUGUCCAUUAUAUCCUGGAAAGACGCUGAACUCACCACAAUAGUAUCUACAUACCACAAACCAGAUAUGGUCUUAGUCGCCCAGAACAGCUUAAGUCACAUGCUCCCACGGAUACCUUUAGCUCUACACGACUACAACAAAUGCAACGUGGACAAAGACAAAAAAAUGUCGUACACCAUGGAGAGGAAACGUGGUCUCAAAUGGUACAUCAAGAUAUUCCGCCGACUAUUAAACUCCAGCAUUCUAAACGCUUACGUCCUAUACCAGUCCAACUGUAAUACAUCAAAACCUAUAAGCCACAGGAACUUUCGUUACGAUUUAGCUGAAAAUUUAGCGGUUCGCUACGGUGUUAACAAAGUAACCGCCCAACCUGUGUCUAGAAGCAACGAGAUUAGGUUGGAUGGCAAAAACGACCAUUAUCCGACCCACACAGAAAUGCCAAGUGGCAAAAAUCGGAGGAGUAGACGUCGAUGCCACCGGUGCCAAGCGCUUGGCCGCCGCAGCCAAGUGACUGUGAUGUGUGCCAAGUGCCAAGUCGGCCUGUGCAUCGGGCCGUGCUGGAAGGAAUACCACACUCUUAAAUGUUUAAAUAAAGAGAAACCUAAGAAGAAAGGGAAACUUCGCAGAUAAUUGGCAAGCCAAUAGAGUAAGAAAUGGCUUAAUACCAG